CUGCCCGGAGAGCCCGGACCCGAUCCCGGCGGGAAGGGCGCGCACCGAGCUGAUCCCGGCGGGAAGGAGGAGCAGCGGCAACGUGGUUUGGACGAGUGGCUGGCAUCACUGUCUUUCGAUAACCCCGAUUGUCCUGACCUGCAGCUGACCAUGGGUGCAGUAAUUGUGGAAGAAAUUAGGGUGGCAGUGGAAGCAGCUACCGGAUUCAGGUGUUCAGCUGGCAUCUCACACAACAAGACACUGGCAAAACUGGCCUGUGGCUUGAACAAGCCCAACCGCCAGACACUGGUGUCUGCACGGUUUGUGCCGCAGCUCUUCAGCCAGCUGCCCGUCAGCAGCAUCCGUAACCUGGGAGGCAAGCUUGGCACUGCUAUCACAGACAUCCUGGGAGUAGAGUACAUCGGGGAGCUGACACAGUUCAGUGAGACUGAGCUCCAGACACAUUUUGGAGACAAAACUGGGUCUUGGCUCUAUGACUUGUGCAGAGGAAUUGAAGAGGAACCUGUAAAAAACCGGUACCUGCCCCAGUCUAUUGGCUGCAGCAAGAACUUCCCUGGGAAGUCAGCCCUGGCCACACAGAAGGCGGUGCAGCACUGGCUCCUGCAGCUGGCCUUGGAGCUGGAAUCCAGACUGAACAAGGACAGGAGCCAGGUAAGGAGAGGAGGCACAGGGACCCAAGGAGGCACAUAGUACGUUUGCACCAUGAGUGGUUUGCAGGAAGCUGAGGGUGGUAUGUGGGAAGGGAAGAAAUCUGCUGACCCACAGAUAUGUGCCUGUGUGCUGAGGUGUCCCAAGUAAAGAGGUGUGUGGGAGCAUGGCCAGGCAGGAUGGUUUUCACCCAGAACACUACAGGGUUAAGAACAGUCCUUGUCCCAUGCUUUAGGAUGCAGGGAUUUGAAAGCCACUGCACCUUCCUUCUGCUGGACUAGCUGCUUCCCAUGUGUGGGAUGUGUGGCACAGCUGUACAAGCACUUGUUGUGUAUCCCAUCCCUUGGCAAUCACACCAGGCAGGACAUGU